AGCAGCACAGCAGCUGCCGCCGCUGCAGCCGCCGCGUCCACAGCAGCGCGAGCGGGGGGCCCGCGGCGCGGCCGAGAGCAGAGGGGCGGCGGCGCCCGCCCCAGCCGAGCCGAGCCAAGCCGAGCGCUCAGCCCGGCCGCCGCAGCUGCCUCGCAGAUGCCAUCACAGCAACAAAGAGCUCGCUGAGCGGAGAGCGGCGGCGAGGGCUCGCCCGGGAGCAGCCGGAGGAAGCGCGUGGGGGGUCCGGGGGAGGGAAGGGGGCGGAAGAUGGCCCAGAAGAGAAAGCCCCCCAGCAUCAAGGGUGAUCCAAGGACAUACGACCCAGAUUUCAAGGGGCCUGUUGCCAAUAGGAGUUGUACAGAUGUUCUGUGCUGUAUGAUCUUCCUACUGUGUAUUAUUGGCUACAUUGUUUUAGGACUUGUGGCCUGGGUACAUGGGGACCCCAGAAGAGCGGCCUAUCCUACAGACAGCCAGGGCCACUUUUGUGGCCAGAAGGGCACCCCCAAUGAGAACAAGACCAUUUUGUUUUACUUUAACCUAUUACGUUGUACCAGUCCCUCCAUGAUGCUAAACCUACAGUGCCCUACCACACAGAUCUGUGUCUCCAAGUGCCCAGAAAAAUUUUUAACCUAUGUGGAAAUGCAACUUUUAUACACAAAAGACAAGAGCUACUGGGAAGACUACCGUCAGUUCUGCAAGACCACUGCUAAGCCUGCAAAGUCUCUCACACAACUUUUACUGGAUGAUGAUUGUCCAACAGCGAUUUUUCCAAGCAAACCUUUUCUCCAGAGAUGUUUCCCUGACUUCUCUACCAAAAAUGGCACUUUAACAAUAGGAAGUAGCAUGGUGUUUCAAGAUGGAAAUGGAAAGACAAGAAGUGUUAUAGAACUCAGGGAUGCUGCAAAUGGUAUUAAUAAACUACUUGAUGCAAAGUCACUUGGAUUGAAAGUCUUUGAAGACUAUGUAACAACUUGGUAUUGGAUUCUCAUUGGGCUUACGAUCGCCAUGUUCCUUAGUUGGAUAUUUUUGAUACUCCUGAGGUUCAUAGCUGGAUGCCUCUUCUGGGUCUUCAUUAUUGGUGUGAUUGGAAUCAUAGGUUAUGGAAUAUGGUACUGUUACCAGGAAUACACCAAACUUCAGGAACACCCAAGUUCUGUGUUAACUAUCUAUGACAUCGGGAUUCAGACUAGCAUAAGCAUGUACUUUGAACUGAAACAAACAUGGUUCACAUUUAUGAUAAUACUCUGCAUCAUUGAAGUGACUGUCAUCCUCAUGCUGAUCUUCCUCAGGAAUCGAAUCCGAGUGGCCAUUAUCCUGCUGAAGGAAGGAAGCAAAGCCAUUGGAUACAUUCCUAGUACAUUAGUUUAUCCAGCUUUAACUUUCAUUUUGCUCUCAAUCUGCAUUUGCUACUGGGUCAUGACGGCAGUUUUCUUGGCGACAUCAGGGGUACCUGUAUACAAAGUCAUAGCCCCAGAGGGGAACUGUAUACAUGAAAAUCAAACCUGUGACCCAGAGAUGUUUAAUACAACUGAAAUUGCCAAAGCUUGUCCUGGGGCUCUGUGUAGCUUUGCGUUCUAUGGUGGAAAGAGCUUGUACCAUCAAUACAUCCCUACUUUCCAUGUAUACAACUUAUUUGUCUUUCUCUGGCUUAUAAACUUUGUCAUUGCAUUGGGUCAGUGUGCCCUUGCUGGUGCAUUUGCUACUUAUUACUGGGCCAUGAGAAAACCUGAUGACAUCCCACGAUACCCACUUUUUACUUCAUUUGGACGAGCCAUACGAUAUCACACAGGAUCCCUAGCAUUUGGAUCUUUAAUUAUUGCAUUAAUUCAAAUGUUUAAAAUUAUCUUAGAAUACUUGGACCACCGUCUUAAACGUACCCAGAACACACUUUCUAAAUUCCUAAAAUGCUGCCUGAGAUGCUGUUUCUGGUGUUUGGAAAAUGCAAUAAAGUUUUUAAACAGAAAUGCCUAUAUUAUGAUUGCAAUAUAUGGCAGAAACUUCUGCAGGUCAGCAAAAGAUGCUUUCAAUCUGCUGAUGAGAAAUGUUUUAAAGGUUGCAGUUACAGAUGAAGUUACAUACUUUGUAUUAUUCCUGGGGAAAAUUCUAGUUGCUGGAAGUAUAGGUGUUCUGGCCUUCCUAUUCUUCACACAAAGAUUACCAGUGAUUGCACAAGGACCAACAUCUUUAAAUUACUACUGGGUACCUUUGCUGACGGUCAUUUUUGGGUCUUACCUGAUUGCACAUGGGUUCUUCAGCGUCUAUGCAAUGUGUGUUGAAACAAUUUUCAUCUGCUUCUGUGAAGAUCUGGAAAGAAAUGACGGAUCUACAGAAAAACCCUACUUCAUAACACCUAACCUGCACGGAAUUCUGAUCAAGAAGCAACUAGUUCCCCAGAAGCAGAAAGAGUAGAAAAGCUCCAAACAGUGUCACUCAUAUUUAAGUAGAAGUUGUGUAAAUUAGGUUGAUUGUAAUUUGAAAAUGUUGCUUUUGAGUAAUGUGAAAUUUCUGUGCUUAAUUUUAAGAAGUCAGCAUCUGGUACCACCUGAGGUGUCAGGCAUUGGAUGACAUUAGCUGCUGUCUACUUUAUAGACUGUGGUCCCAACUAAAGAUCAAAAUGUUAAUGUCAAACGUUUUUUAAAAUCUGUAGCCGAGAGUGUUUUAAUAACUUUUAUAACUCAGUGUGCUGUUUCCAUUGCAGCACUUUGAUAGCCUUUCUUUUUAUAAGUGUAUAUUUGUAAAGGAUAUUCAGGCAAUUUUUAAAAACACUAUAAAUGUGUAAUUUAUUAGCCAUAAAAAUAUUGAUUUAUAGUUAACCAGCAUAUGGUACUAAAUUUGUAAAUAUGGUGCUAUGGUUAUAUUUAUACUGUUCAAGCUGGUGGACAACUCUCUAAACUGUGAUUAAACUUGUAUUAAUGGUUCCCUAGGAAGUAUAUUUCAGUGAGUCAAGUCCAUAACAAACAUAGAUGUUAAUGUUAUACAGGUUCUACAGAGAGCAUUACUGGGUAAAAAUUACUGUGGAACCUUCAUAGCCCAUUCUGUUUUAUUGGAAUGAUGUUUAUAUUGAAGUCCAAUCUGAGUUCUGGAGUGUCAUUUCCAACAACAUGAACCUCUGUCCAUGGUGAAAAUGUUCUGAACAAACUGAAAUUGCUACAUAACUCAUGCCUUUUGUCUUUAACCCAAAUUUCCUAUUUCCGCUAGAUAGAAAACCAGUAUGAAUUUGUUUCAGAAGAGUGAUUAUAUCUUUUCAUGAGCAUACCUGUAUUUCUAGAUUAAAGAGAUUGUGUGGUUUUGUUCUACAAAAGGCUUAAUUUUGUCUCAACUUUCAGCAAGGAAAGAGAAAAGUAAGACACUUCAGAUUUUACCCUAAGGAAAUAUACUGUCGGCCCUCAUCAUCCUUUAUGCGACGCAUACUGCAGGUUAGGAACUCUCCCCGCAGGGCUUAGGAGGAAGGUUAUGCCCACCUGCCACCCCUGCUGGCCAGAGGUUUCUGGUAGUCAUGCAUAAGUUUUGAAUGACAGAACAAAGCACGAAUCAGACACACACAUUGCCUAGCCAUCCCCUGUGUGCGAAUGUGUAUGAUGUGGUUAAUGGUGUAAAAAUGCAUCCCAAAAGGAGCAUUGAAUCAAUGUGUAUCUUCUUGGCUUUUACCUUAAGCUUAUGUAUAAGGAUUAUGUAUGUAUUGACAGAAGGGAACAUGUUGAUCUAACAUGUUGCUCUGAAUAUCACCCAUAUAUCCAAGAAAAGAGUCAGAAAUCUAUUAUUGUGUUAUAGAUUGAUAUAAAUACUUAUUAUCUUCAAGUGUAGAAACCUAGAUUUAAAUUGACUCUGUGGCAGAUUAAUUAAUAGCAAUAAGCCAAUGAAUAGGGAAGAUUUUUAAUAUGUAAUGCUGUUGGCUUACAUUCUUGAGAUUAUUGUAUUCAAAAGUGUCUCCCGGCUUCACAUUUUGGCAAGCAGCCUUCUGCAUUCUUAUUCUUGAAGCAUAAUGCAGAGAAUAAUGACAACUUAUCUAUCUAGAUUAUUAUUAUUUUAUUAUUCAACGAGACAAGGGGCACAACAAAGAACUAGUGGAAUAGUGACCUCUACCUGAGAAUUUGUUAUAACUAUAGAUGCCUGUGCUCUGCCUAGGAGAUUCUAAUAUAUUGUGAUUUGAUAUGAGCCGCAAUGUGAAUUAUUAUAAAGUUCUCUAGCUGAUUGUGAUAUAUAUAAAAGUUGAAAAAUUGGCCAGAUGCAGUGGCUCACACCUGUAAUCCCAGCACUUUGGGAGUCCAAGCUGGACAGAUUGCUUGAGACUAGGAGUCCCAGACUAGCCUAGACAACAUGGCGAACCCCCAUCUUUAUUAAAAAUAUAAAAAUUAGCCAAGUGUGCUGGCACACACCUGUAGUCUCAGCUACUCAGGAGGCUGAAACGGGAGGGUUGCUUGAGCCCAAGAGGUCAAGGCCGCAGUUAACCAUGAUCACGCCACUGCAUUCCAGCCUGGGUGACAGAGCAAAACUCUGUCUCAAAAAAAAAAGUUGAAAAAUCACUUGACUAAAACAUAAAUCAACACAUGAAAGUAGUUGCCAAUUUAUAUUAUGGGCUAAUAUCUAGUCAGAAAAAGAGUCUCCAUUUACUACUUAUUUGUGUAAUUCAAAUAUGUAGAAUAAAAAUGAGCAUUGUUUUUGAGAAGAUAUUUGGAAGCCAUUUUCUUAGAAAGCAAACUAAUAACUGUGAAAAAAACAGGCAAUAUUCCUCAAAACUUGCAGUCGAUGUGCUUGAAGUCUGAAAUUUCACAAUAUUUAUUUUUCAAUGCUGUACUAUCUAAAUUGUUGAUGGCAAAACAAAAUCAAUUUUAAACAAAUAUAGUAAUUUAGAAAGUAUAUUUUAAAAAUGAAGGUGAAAGUUAUUUUCUCAAUCAUGCAACUGAGAGACAUGCAAUAUUGCAGAAUCUGACCUGUUACACAGAAUGAAAUAACAUCUUACUGACAUAACAAGGGCUGAUUGUUUUCUCAUAACUAUGUUUACAGUAACGUUGAUGCCAAACUAUGCUGUUUUAAAAAAAUAAGUAUUUUGAACUGCUGUAAAGCAAGUAUACAGCAGAUGGCGAUGUUACUUCUCUUACAGUUCUGCUUUGAUAUUUACUCUGUACCAUUCUUCCUCCUAGUGGAAGAUUUAGAAAGAAACGAUGGUUCUCCUGCAAGACCUUAUUACGUGAGUCAACCUCUGCUGAAGAUUUUCCAAAAGGAAAAUCCACAAACUAAGAAGCAGUAGAAGAGCAAACUGGUCGUCCUACAGCUGUGUGUUACCUUUUCUCCAUCUGCUGUGUCUGUGCAACAUUUGUUUCAUAAGUGCUUUGUAUUUUGCAACACUGUAUUCACGACCUUGUUGGCUUGCAUUUGCAUGUUUUAUACCAAAGCUUAUACUGUAAUAUGUGAAGCCAUCAGAAAUCGCAAGGGAAUUGUUAAUAACAUAAAACAUUUUUAUACUAAGAUCAUUUGUUUUGUAAUUCAUUUUUAAAGAGUGGCUUGGAUGUUUUGAAAAUACUACUGAAUAUGUUAAUAUUCUUUUAAAUCUUAGAUUGAAAAAUGAUACAUUAUUUAAAUUGAUAGCUCCUAAUAUAUUUUUUAAUUUACAACUAAAAGACUUCUUCUGCAGGGAAAUUGGUCAACAAAGUGAAAUUAAAAAUUUUAAAGCUUUUCCCACUCUUGUUGGACAGUAAAUCAGUUAAAGGACUGCCCCACUUCAGAGUUUGCUCUCUUUAAGUAUAGAAUGUUUCCUAUUAAACAAAUUGCCAAUCAUCCAGCCUUUACUACUUCGCCCUCUGACAAAGUGCCUUACUGGCUGUUUAAUAUUACCCAGCUUUUAUGGGCAAGUUUACAAACAUUGUUUAAAAAAAUUUAAAACCUGCAAUGUUUCAUUAUUAAAACAAGUCUUAUUGCAUUUGUUUCACUCUUAGCUCACCGAUUGGAAAACAUUUGUCAUUUUGCUCUGUUGGAUAACCUCACUAUUAUAGAAUACAUUGUGCAGCUAAACAAUUUCCCUUGCGCCUAGUGGACAUUCAUGAAUGUGUACUACACGCAAGAAGAAAAAAAACAAACCCUGAAAGAACACUUGCCGGGUUUCUUUGUUUUUUUACUAAAAAAGAAGUUUAAAAAUGAAAUGUUUUCUAUGGUAGAUCUUUGAAAAUAAAAUAGGUAUAAUACUGCAUUUCUCUGUGUUUUACAAAGAUCAGAAAGGGAAACUUUUAGGAAUUACAAAGGGAAACUUUACUCCUCGAAAGGGUGCUCAUGAAUGUCAUGUACUGAAUAGCUCCCUUUUAAACAAUCACUUAUUUUCAUCAAAGCCUAUUCUAUAUAUGCCAUUUCAUUUUCUAACCUUUGGUAUGAAAUAAUCAGUUUACUUACAAUAUGUUAAUUUAUUGUGCAACUAUAAACAGGAACAUAAUUUCCAAGUCAGUUUUAAAUAAUUUGAUCAGUACUACUAACUUUUAAGGAAAUUAAUUCAGUUGGUUACUCAGUGUUACAGAAAGAGUCCAUAGAAGUAUUAACCCUAAGAGAAUGUCAAUCAUAUAAUGAUAAUUUGUGAAAGCAUUGAGAAUCAAUCAACAGUAAGUUACUAUCAGUUUAUAAAAUAUUAUCACAUUUGUUUAAGUGUGACUUUAGAUACUUUUAUGCCAAAAAUAAACUCACAUGAGCACAUGACAGCUCUAUAAUCGGUGUGCUUCUGCUGUGCAGAAAUGGUAGAAACGUAUUGUCUAAAUAUCUUUGAUAAUUAAAAUGUUUAAUAUUUAAUGAAAUUUGUUGUUACUCAUUGUUUUAAAUCGAUUUUUUUUUCUUUUAAUAAAGAUUUAAGUAAGAAA